AUGACCAUAGGCAAUUUCCAACCUCUAAGGAACAGCGAUCCUACGACCAUAAAAAGGUUAUACAAAGAAAGUACAGCUGCAGGAUUAGGUGCCAUACAAGGGUCAAUCAUAAGUGGAUCUUCCACUUUGAUUUUUAAUAAAUAUUCAAAAUUUUUCAGAAAUUUAACCUUCCAAGGGAAAUUAUUUUAUAACGUGGCUUUGAUCUCAAUGAAUAUUAUCUUUAAAGCUGAACAUCAAGUUUUGAAAUUCCAACAAAAAUUAUUACUUGAAGAAGAUAUUAAAAGAGGGAAAUUACUUGAUAAAGCUGCGGAAAAUGGUGUCUUCAUUGAAGAUUGA